AUGCUGCGUCGACCGAUCGCUUCGGUGUCAGUGUCAUGGCGUAGUCUACGCUGCUCUGUACGAUUUCCGACUUGGUUGACAGCUGGUCAAUAUCCUUACAAUGCUGUGCGUGAAUUUUCAUCCUCAUCAGGCUCUUCUUCGAAUGCUGGUGGUGGAAUUCCUGGUGACUUUGUCUGUCAUUUGAAAGACGUUGGGAUGAUCAUUCCUGGAGGCAAGAAACUCUUUGAACGAGUAAGUUUGGGAUUCUUACGAGGUGCAAAGAUUGGCGUCUUGGGAGCCAAUGGAAGUGGAAAGUCUACAUUGCUCAAGAUCAUUGCCGGCGUUCGCAGUGACUUUGAUGGUGAACGCUGGGUCAAGGACGGACUGAAAAUUGGCUAUUUGCCACAGGAACCACAGCUGGAUCCAAGCAAGAACGUGUACGAGAACAUUAUGGAUGGACUGAAGGAGAGCCAAAUGUUAUUGACCAAGUUUGAUGACGUGUCGAUGGCAAUGGGCGAGCCAGACGCCGACUUUGAUGCUCUAUUGGAAGAACAAGCCAAGUUACAAGAUCAAAUCGAGCACUUGGGCUGCUGGGACUUGAGUCAUGAAGUGGAAAAAGCUAUGGCUGCACUGCGAGUGCCAGCUGCAGACUCAGAUGUAGAGAUCUUAUCGGGAGGUGAACGACGUCGUGUGGCGCUUUGCAGGCUGCUACUGGAGAAACCGGAUAUGCUGCUAUUGGACGAGCCUACCAAUCACUUGGAUGCCGAGUCGGUGCAUUGGUUGGAAGACUUUUUGAAAAAGUACCGCGGUACGGUGCUAUCCAUUACCCAUGACCGCUACUUUUUGGACAAUGUGGCUGGUUGGGUCUUGGAGCUGGAUAGAGGGGAGACGUAUGCGUACGAAGGUAACUACACAGAGUGGCUCACCCAGCGUCGUAACCGCUUCAAUAUGCAGCGGAAGAGCGACGCAAUCCGUGCAAAGCAGAUUGCGUCGGAGAUUGCAUGGUCUCGUGAUCACCAGGGAAGUAAGAAGGCAAACAAAGCGCGUCUGAAAAAGCUGCAAGAAAUGGAGUCUACUGGUUUCCGUGCGUCGUCGCGGGUCGAGGAUGGACAGAUUGUUGUUCCGUCGGGCGUUCGUCUGGGCAACAAGGUUAUUAAGAUAAACAACUUGCGAAAACAGCUAGACGAUGGCCGUGUGCUCUUUGACAAGCUUUCGUUCGAGAUCCCACCCCACGCGAUUGUGGGUAUUGUGGGAGGUAACGGAAUGGGGAAGUCCACGCUGUUCAAUGUCAUUGCCGGCAUUGAGGAACCUGACGAGGGCAGCGUGGAGCUAGGUAAGACUGUGAGCUUGGGUUUUGUGAGUCAGAGCCGCGGCGAAUUGAGUGGCAGACGAUCGGUCUACGAGGAAAUUUCAGGCGACAACGAGUUCGUGGAGAUCAGUGGUGAUCGCAUCAAUACGCGUGCCUACAUAGCGAGUUUUAAUUUACGCGGUGGCAUGCAGGAGAAGAAGGUCGGCUCUCUCAGUGGUGGUGAGCGCAACCGUGUUCACCUCGCCAAAAUGCUGCUGGGCGGCCACAAUGUGGUGAUGCUCGAUGAGCCGACGAACGAUCUUGACGUUGACACCCUGCGUUCGCUUGAAGCUGCACUUACUGACUUUGACGGCGUGUCUAUGGUAAUUUCCCACGACCGAUGGUUUCUAGACCGCAUUUGCUCCCAUAUUAUCGCGUUCGAGGGUGAUGGUCGCGUCAAGUUUUUCGACGGAAACUACAGUGAAUACGAGAGGGAGCGUAAAAAGUAG